UUGUUUAUAGGCCUAGGUGACUGACUCUCAAAUUAUCAUAUUUACAUUAAAUUAAACCGCAAUAAUUUAUGUUUGAUAGUUUGUCAUAAUGCGGGUGUUAUCCGUAAACGUUUUUCCUACUUCUUACUCACAAUUCUGCUUCAUCUGCUGUAUUUUACAAACUAUUCUUGCACAGUCGAACCCCGGGCUAAAACCUGCACAGUCUCGUGCGUUAACACCGCGUCUCCAUUGGGCAAACAACGGACGCGUCUUCAGCUUGUUUAGUCGAGGUUCUCAGUAUGUCCCAUCGGGCUUGAGGGGGCGCGAAACUGAUCCCCAGAGCUCUGUUGUAGUAAUCAGUGACAAGAAUGAUACAUCUGAGCCGCUGAGUACAUCCUCCAACCAUGCGCAAAACCAAGAGUCUAGAAGUUUUCCAAGACGGCCACUGGUCAGGACGCAGGGCUUUUUCAGAGAGUCGACGCACUCCGGAUCAAUCCUGAGACAGGGGCAUGGGGACCUCAACGCGCCCGGUGACACAGAGCGUCCUACGGUCUCUCCAUCAAUGCGCAAUGUUGGAGGUGAAGAGGUAAUGGUCGCUGAUGACCCAUAUGAUCCAUACAAGUCCCUCACUAAUCCCUAUUACAACUACUACGACGCUUAUUAUCGGCCAAGAGCUAGGACCGGGAGAGAGAGAGUGAGUGAACGCUCAAACUCUGUCCAGCACGGUCUCCCGGACCUAGUGCCUGAUCCUUAUUACGUCCAGAUAUCGACUUAUGUGCAGAGAUCUGCCAUGUAUAACCUUCGAUGUGCCGCCGAGGAAAACUGCCUUGCCAGCUCAGCUGCAUCAGCAAGAGAUUAUGAUACGCGAGUGCUCUUGCGCUUCCCAGGGCGUGUGAAGAACCAAGGUACUGCAGACUUCCGGCCGAGUCGUCCACGCUAUGCCUGGGAGUGGCACAGCUGUCAUAGUCACUUCCACAGCAUGGAUCAGUUCUGCCACUACGAACUGCUGGAUGCCCAAACCCAAGUCCGCGUGGGUGAGGGUCAUAAGGCCAGUUUCUGCCUGGAGGACACCUCCUGUGACCCGGGCUACUACCGCCGCUACGCCUGCACCUCUCACACCCAGGGACUGAGCCCUGGCUGCUAUGACACCUACAAUGCAGACAUUGACUGCCAGUGGAUCGAUAUCACUGAUGUCAGACCAGGGAAAUACAUUUUGAAGAUCACUGUGAAUCCUGGUUACCAAGUUCCGGAAUCUGACUUUAAUAAUAAUGUUGUGCGCUGUGAUAUUCAGUACACGGGGAACUACGCUCAAGCAACAGGCUGUCAUGUAUCUCAAUACUAAGCCAUUGAAGCGGCCCUUAUUAUUGUGCGAAAAGCAUCUUGAAGCCUUGAACUGCCUUCAGAAAAAAGUUACCUCUCAAAGAGCUACUGCAUCAGAAGGAGGCCAGGAUUUUGAGGAGUAAUGAAAAUUAGUAAAAGAAGUAGCACCAAGAACAUUGAAGACACAUCAGGAAGACACAGUAGCAAAAUACAUAUUUGUUUUUUAUGCAUUCUGGCUUCAACUAUGAUAUGAUCAUUAUACCAAAGCAUUUGAGUUUUAUAAAAUGUAUAAGCAGGACUAUAAACAGGAAACCAAAGAUGUUUUAAUACAUUUAUUUUUAAAAAAUAACUUUCACUCUCAUUUUCUUAAGUAAUUAUGUCCUGGGUGUAUUUAUUGUUUAUUCACAAGCAGUAUUUGUAUAGAUCUCAUUUUUAUUUGUAAUGUAGGAUAGGCUGGCUAUGUAUAAAAACAAUUAAGAAUCACAGUCUAAAUGUGAAGCUGGUGUGUUGUAGAUUUCAUUGUAAGGUGGCUUUCCUUCUUUUUAUUCCUUACUAAUAGUUGCAUGGUAUUCUUAUUUCAGUUGUUACCAGAUAAUUCUAACAAUAACAUUUGGCCUAUAUAGAAACUUUGUUUAUAGA